GGAGCAUUCUGGGAUAUCCAUAAUGGUGGACGGAGAAGCAUGAGUGGUUUACUAAGUCGCGAGUUUGCGAAGCGAUUUGUCGCUCUCAGAGCGAAAAAACCCUUUCAAAUACCUGCUGCUGCACGGUUUCUCGCCUCGGAAUCAGAAAAUGGUGGCCAGAGUUCAAAGAAACCUGGAGUUUCAAGCUUAUUGUCGUCGUUGAAGGGAUCCAAAGAAGGAGAGGUGAAAAACAUAGCGGAGCAGUUGAAACGAGAUCGAGUCUAUUCACAGGAUGAAAUCACCAAGAAUCUCGACAAAGAUGAACCUUUAAGAGUAGAGAUAAGUGCUAGAAAGGCAGUUUUAGAAGCGAAUCGCAAACACGUCACAGAUAGUGACCGUAAAACUAAGACGUCUAGACUUCCAAGACAACCCCCAAGGCGAACAAGGGAAGAUAGUGAGAGAGGAUCAACCAGAACUGUAGUAAGGAGCAAAGAUUUCAAGCACGAAUCAUGGGGUAAAAGAAGGCAAGAGAAGGUAGCUGAUACAGUAACAAACGCCUUCGAGAGCAGUGAUGUGAAAAUUAAAGCAGACCCCGACCUUGACUCCAAACUCAAAUCUAUUUUGUCAUCUUUGAAAGUGGACACAAACAGGAACCAACUCUCUAAGGAUAUCAUUGGUGCCGUGCAGGGAUGGGGUAAGAAGCCUACACGUUACCGAACAGACAUCAUCAAGGAUUACAACGAGCAGUUUAAGACCCGCAGCAAACCUGUGGAGCAAAUUUCCCUGACUUCAGGAAACAGAUUAACUCUUUUUGAUGAGGUUUUUUCAGCUAAGGAAUUUUUAGUUCCUCCUGAGAAACUGUUCCUCACUGAACAGGAAACACUUGAUGGUUUAGUUAACAUGAAGAUGUUGGAUUACCGUAAUGACUUUGAGAGCCUGAUUGCACUGGCUGAUCGUCAAUGGAAGUUCCCAGUAGAUAACGAGGUGUGUAAGGUUGAUGAAGCUAUAGUAGGUUUUGAAGAGCAUGUUUUCUUGGGCUAUUUGUUGGAUGAAUUUCCCAAGAAGGGCCCUGUUCGCCAAUUCAUGGAAUUGGUCAUCUGUGGUCUUGAGCAGAAUCCUCAUUUGUCAGUAUCACAGAAGAAGGAUCAAGUAGCCUGGUUCAAGGAUUACUUUGAGAAGAUUCCUAAAGAGGAACUCACUUUUUGAGUCAUUCCCCUGGAUGACUUUAAUAUGAGCAGCCUUAUAAAAAGACCAAGUGAUAACGUGAAGUUCGGUGGUGUCUCAAUACGACAGUCCUCCAUUAAGUUACAGGGUGCUAACUGUGUGUUUCAAGCCCAUCUAAAACAAACCAAUUCAGAGAAACACUAGACAAACAGGAUAAUUUCAUUCCUUUACCCUAAAAGUAAUGUGUAACAUUUUUUCCUCUUCUCUCUGUGUUCUGCAGCAAUUAAAGAAUGAAAAUUUUGUUAUGUAUUCUCUGUUAUGUAAUCCUGGCUUUUAUUAUAUAUAUUGUAAUGAACCUCUUGUCAGAUCAUGUCAACUAAAAUAUAUAUUCUUUCUUUUUUUCGGUUUUUAGACAUUAAUUGAAAUAAGAAAUACAAAAACAGUUAUUGGAGAAUAGAUUGGAUUUUACCAUAUUUCCUAAAUUAAGAGUCAUUUGUGGAAAUCAGUACCAACCACCAAUUGGUAUGUGAUAUGCAGGUUUUAUUACAAAGAGGGUUGGAUAUGCUGGAAAAAGGAUUUACAAAGAUAAAAAUAAAGAAUAAAAUACUGCCUAACACUUUA